GAAGCUGGGAGCUGCUGCUGACACAUUCUGCUCAGCACCGCGGACAGCGCACUAUUGGGAACUUGGACACAAGCUAUCCAUCGAUAUUUGAGAUUUUUUGGAGAAUCAGAAGACUGAACUGACAAUGAGGGUUUGGUUUAGGGGUUCUACUCCUUCUAAUUUGAUCACAGAAAGACUUGGACUUUCCCCGUUGCUCGCCAAAUAAGCAUGGCAGAAGUAAAGGCUUUCUUCUAAAUCAGUGAAAACUGGAGGAAGCAAAUCUACAGCUGGACUCUGUGGCACCAUCUUCUUAUCUGAAAACCACAAUGGAGCCCCUAGACCAGCCAAACUGGUUUCACCUUGCAUCAGACUUCAACUCAUCCUCUGCAGCCACUCCCUCACCCUUCCUCCAUUCCUACCUCCGCCUCUUCAACAUCUCCUCCAACCUGUCCACUCAAAGUGUCCCCUUUCAGGGCAGCAGCACUCUGAUGACAGCAGUCAUCUCCCUCACAGUCUUCAUGGUGGGUCUGACUGGUAACACUCUGGCCAUCUAUGUGGUGCUGCGUUAUGCCAAAAUGAAAACAGUCACCAAUAUCUACAUCCUGAACCUGGCUGUGGCUGAUGAGCUCUACAUCAUCGGGCUCCCCUUCCUCACCACACAGAACGUGCUCUCCUAUUGGCCGUUUGGUUCCUUCCUGUGCCGUGUGGUCAUGACGGCAGACUCUAUGAACCAGUUCACAUCUAUUUUCUGCCUGACGGUCAUGUCCAUCGAUCGUUACCUGGCUGUGGUUCAUCCAAUCCGCAGCACCAAGUGGAGACACCCCCGCGUGGCCAAGGUGGUGAGCACAGCCGUGUGGGCCGUGUCCUUUGUGGUGGUCCUGCCUGUGGUCAUUUUCUCUGAUGUUCAGGACACAUUUAACUCCUGCAAUAUGAACUGGCCAGAGCCAAAGAACGUGUGGUCAACAGCCUUCAUUCUCUACACUGCCACAGUGGGCUUCUUUGGACCGCUGCUCAUCAUUUGCCUCUGCUACCUACUUAUCGUUAUCAAGAUGAAGUCAUCAGGGGCACGGGCGGGCUUCACCAAGCGUCGGCGUUCAGAGCGCAAGGUGACACGGAUGGUGGUGGUGAUCGUGGUGGUGUUUGUGCUCUGCUGGCUGCCGUUCUUCAUCAUCAACAUUGUCAAUCUGGUGGUCAUUAUACCAGAGUCCAGCGCCACUGCUGGCAUCUACUUCUUUGCUGUCAUUCUAUCCUACGCCAACUCCUGUGCCAACCCGGUGCUGUACGGCUUCUUGUCGGACAACUUCAGACAGAGCUUUAGAAAAGUGCUGUGUGUAAGGAGUGUGAGGUGCAAGGCCAAUGGUGUGGAUGAUGGCGACCCCAGUGCUCCACGCACUGAGAAAACCACAGCGCACGACUGCAUCCGUCUCUCCACUCGCAACCAGGCUUACCACGAUCCCCAGAGCAGCCAGAUCUCUCCUCAGCCCCCAAGCUCGCCUAUCUCUCACACAGCAGCAGACCUGCACCGCUCCACCCCUUCAUGUCAACCUCCCCCCACUUGCCCAGGAAUCGGACCCACCACUACCACGGUAACCUCCACAGCAGCCUCCACGGUAACCUGCAUGGUAACCAGGGCUGAACUUCCCUCCGUCGGUGCCCUGACUACGCCCUGACUACGCCCUGACUACGCCCUGACUAUGCCCUGACUACGCCCUCCUCUCCAGCAUUCAUAGCUCUGCAGGAACAAUAGCCAACAAACGAUGAACAUCACUGUGUUUUAGGAAGUAAAAAGAGAAGCUGAGGAGGAAAAACAUGAUAUGAGACUACAGAAUUGGAAGCAGAGGGGUUCGAUUAGCUGAUAGAAAUAGAGAAAACUGAUGUUUUUCUGCAGUUACAAUGUAAAACUCGGCUAGUUUCUGACACACACACACACACACACACACACACAUGAUAACUCAUUCUAUAUGCAUUCCAACAUUUAUGAUCCAUUUCAGUGGAACAACCUCACGAAUAUCUUUCAUGUCUCGAUGUGUAUCUUUACCUGUAUGAAUCAGCCAGCUGUUCAACAAGCUCCAUUUUUCUUUCCAUCCAACCAUCUGACAAAAGUGCCUUUUCAACUGCUCUCAGCAAUUAUGACGGCUCCUAAACAGAAAAUGCCAUUGACGACACAGUGGAGAAGAUUCCCUGCAGGUAUAUCAACUUUAUUUUGGUAAACCGGGCAUUAGAGGGUUCUCUUUUGCAACCACACGUUGUGAUUUAGGCUUAGAUUUAAGGUAUUUUCAGAUUAAAACCUUGCCUGCUACUGCUUUAAUUACUGUAAACAGCUAAACAGUAUAAUGGGGUCAAUUCUUUCCUGUAUUAUAGUAAAAAUGUGUUUAAAGCUCCCACUUACUUCUGUUGUCUUCACAUAAUUUAAAUGGAUAAAUUGUAAUGAAUGAAGUUGACAUGUGUACAGCUUUGUGGGAAAAGUCUGCUGUAAUAAUAUUUGUAUACUGUUUUUAUUUUUCAGAAAAUGGCUUGUUUGCGGUUUAUUGGCUUCUCAGUCACAGGAAAUGUGAAUCUAUCCCUGCUGAGUGUUUUUCUGUAAACAUGUAGCCAGCAUUGAACACAAAACCCUUAGCCCUCUUUUUAUAUAUGCCUAUUAAUUUGUAUUUUUGGAGUAUUUGCAUGUCUUGUAUGUGUGUGCAUUUGUGGCUGUUUUGCACAUGUAUAUGUAUUCAUGUUUUCUCUCUGCAGAACAUGUGGUGCUGGUAAAUCCAGGGUUUAUAGCAGCAUAUAUUGUUGCUUCUGUUAAUGUGUGACCAUACUUUGCUCAGAGCCUUGUUUACUGUUUAAUAGAAAACAUAUGCAGUGACUAUUUCGGAUCAGACUGGCAGCACAGUACCUCUCCUGCCACACCCUCCAUUGGCCUUUGAAAUGCUUAUAUUGCAAACGUGUUGGCCUGCAAGCUUUUAUUAAAAAAUGGGUGACAAUUUGAACACAGCUUCUCUUUUUGGCCACUUAGGACACCUAAAGUAUUGCUUUAUUAUCGCUAUGUGAACCGUUUCUGGUAUUUGUAUUAUAUCACCACACAACCAAUCCCUUUAUAAAAGCAGUCAUUGUGUUAUUCAAUAAAAGCUGAUAAGAACUAAAUAAUGUUCACAUCAAUGGAAGGAGUUUAUGGGACAUGUAGUUGUGAGAAUGAGUUUAGCUUUGAGAAAAUCUCAAAAGAAAAUUAAUCUGUGGCACGCAGUGAAAAGAGACUCAUCAGGUCAAUGUAAGGACGGGAGGCGAUCAGAGAGAAAUUUAUGGAUGCUGUAUUGUAUAAUAUUAGCAAAGCUGUUAAGACUGAAAGCAUUCAAAUGCAAAUACAGAUAACAUAUUAUAUAUUUUACCAUAUUAUAUACAGUU